UUCUUCUUCUUCUUCUUCUGUAAAAGACAUCCCACCUGUCUUUCUCUCUAGAGCUACGGCAAAGCAUUUGCCUACUACUAUCCUGCUACCUUCCCUUCUCAGAUUAUAGAAAGAGAGAGUUGGGCAGCUGCAGCUACAAUUUCAUGUCAAUUUGGUGAUUUUUUCUAUAGCCAAGCAUGGAACAAAGCUGCCCAACAGACCCUGAAAAAAAGGGGGAUUAUGCGCUCAUUGGGGAUGGAGAGGACCAAUUGUUGGGGUUGUAUGAUAAACCGCUCCCAUGCUUUGGCUGUGGUAUUGGUUGGUUUUCUUUUUUGCUUGGUUUCAUAUUCCCGUUGAUGUGGUACUAUGCUACAAUCCUUUACUUCAGAAAUUACUACCUUAAAGAUCCUAGGGAAAGGACUGGACUUGCCACUUGUGCAAUAGCUGCUCUGGUAUUUACAGUUGUGGCACUGAUUAUCGCGGCUGUGAUUCUUCUCUAGUGCUUCUUGAAACCCUAAGCUCUCCUUGUAUAUAUUUAUUCUCCAAUCUAACACACAAGCGAAAUAGAACGAGGGAUCUCUGGGGAAAGAGCUUGGUAAAGAAUUUUGCUGGCUGAUUGUAAGUCUUACUAUUCGUGCAAAAAAAUAAUUGUAUGUACAUAUAAUAUGACCACUGUAGUGAAGUUUAUAACACACUAGCCACAUUAUGAAGAGAUACAAAUUAUGAGAGAUGUGUCCUAUUGAAAUGCUUUACUUUUUGCCCA